AUGUCGUUGAAACAAGAAAUAGAAACAUGGGUUGCGGCCCUGGGUCGUUACGAUAACAAUGAAUUCGACGACGCUCUGAAAGAUUUCGAGCAGAUUGCCGACACUUCCAAGAUUUUAUUUAAUAUGGGAGUCAUCCACGCAACUCUUGGUGAACACGAAAAGGCUGUCGAGUGCUACCAACGCGCGAUAAAGUUAGACCAGUACCUUGCCGUGGCCUACUUCCAACAAGGUGUAUCCAAUUUUCUGCUGGGGGAUUUCGAGGAGGCAUUGGCAAAUUUCAACGACACUUUGUUGUACCUCAGGGGCAACACCAUGAUCGACUAUGCCCAACUUGGCCUGCUCUUUAAAUUGUACUCAUGCGAAGUGCUCUUCAAUCGAGGACUUUGCUACAUAUAUUUGCAGCAGAAGGAGGCAGGUAUGCAGGAUUUGUCGUAUGCUGUGAAAGAGAAGGUGGUUGAGGAUCAUAACGUCAUUGAUGAGGCGAUCAGGGAAGAAGCUGAGGGCUAUACGGUGUUCUCUAUCCCAGUUGGUGUUGUCUACCGGCCCAACGAGGCCAAGGUCAGGAAUUUGAAGACGAAGGACUAUCUUGGCAAAGCCCGCCUGGUGGCAGCUUCGGAUCGAUCGAACGCAUUUACUGGUUUCGCUGGUUCAGAGAUCAAGAAUGCAGGCAGGGCAAGCGAGAAGGACGACCGGCCUUCGGACAACAUCUCAUUUGCGGCUACUAAUCUGGUCAAGCCCGGGCUUCAGAGCAAGAGGCAGCAGUCGGAACCUCCGCAGGGCAGUCGCAAUGCCUUCCCUCCCACACCGCCGCCCGAGGCCGACAAGCCUCCGCAGAUGAGCCGGGGUGCUUCUGUACGGAAUGGGCCCAAGCCCAUGCCCGCCAAACUCAACAUCGAACAGGCCCGAUCAAACAGUUACCAGAAAGCUGCCUCACCACAGGAGGGGCGCAGGGCCCCUUCGCGUUCUGCGUCGGUAGCAAAAUCGCCGCCCCAACCCCAGCGGGGAUACUCGACGAGAGAUGGAGGCAAGAGUCGCCGAUCCAGGGAUGAGGAUGAGGGAUAUCCGGACGACGUCUAUGACAUGUACAACGGCGGCGGAGAACCGAGAGGAAGCAGGUCACAACAGAGCACCCGCCGCAACCCACCCCGAUACGUCGAGGAGGAAGACGAAGCCAGCGACUACGACUCAUUUGAUGAGGGUGAUUUCGAGAUGGUAUCGAACCGGAGGCCGCCGCCAUCAGUAUCUGGUUCAUCCCGAGGCGCAUCGAGGAGACCUGAAAUUCGCAAGGUACGAAUCAAGGUCCAUGCCGACGAUGUUCGCUACAUCAUGGUCGGUUCUGCAGUGGAGUUUGCCGACUUGGUAGAUCGUGUACGCGAAAAGUUUGGGCUUCGUGGGCGUUUCAAGAUCAAGGUUCGCGAUGAGGACGCCGGCAGUUCCGACAUGAUCACCAUGGGCGACCAGGACGACCUUGAUAUGGUCAUGAUGACAGUCAAGUCGAUGGCGAGGAAACAAAGACAGGACAUUGGAAAGAUGGAGAUUUGGAUCCAAGAAAUCUAG